UUUAAUGAAAUUUUCAUCUCUCGUUUCUCAAUGCUAACACCUCCCUUUUUCCUUCUCUCAACUUGUGAUGGCAUCUCCCAUGACAGCAUCCUUUCUUCGGUGACAUACUCACAACAAUGACACCCAUUCCUCUUAGGGCGACUCCUCUUUCCCCCCACCCCCUCAUUCUUGCAUUCCCUCAUCCUCCUUCCUCCUUCUUCUGUGAAGCCAUUUAAGGAGUUGCAUGGAGGGGUAUCAGCACUGAUUGCAGAAUCUUUGACAAGCAUGGGAGCCCACAUAGCUAGUGGAUACCAAAGAGUGGCUGGGAUUCAACUCAGCAUCAACCAUUUGAAAAGUGUUGCGCUUGGUGACUUUCUCUAUGCUGAAGCUAUCCCUUUAAACGUUGGCAGAUCCAUUCAGUCCCCAUCAUUAAAAACUGCUGAAGUAGAUGUCCCCCUUCAUUUAAUUGGCUUUGAGAUUCAAGACUUGUCUCCACAAAGGGUAUCUGGCCAUCUCAGUGUUACCCAAAAAUGCUGCAGCCAUACAAGGUGUUGCAUGGAGGUGAGAGCUAGGUAUGGGAGGUGAAAAUUUGGAAGCUUGAUCCUUCAAACUCAGCAAAGAAAUCUCUGAUAUCAUCAUCAAGGCUUACUCUACGGAACAACAUGCCUCAAAUUGUACACCAUGCAUGAUCAAUUAAACGACGGACGGACAACUUCUUGUAAUUAUAAAUGGAUCCAAUAUUUUUUUACAUAAAUUAAUGGGUACAAUACUCAUAAUGUUUAUAUUACAUCUUACCGA